UUUACUGCGGUGGCCCCUGACUGACCAAUCCCGUUCCACUAUUCCUGACAGCCAACCAAUCACAGCUGGUUUCUCAGGCGCUGUUGGCUAGCUUUACAUUGACGGAGCUGCUUCAGGAAUGUAAACUAUUCAACAGUCGGGCAGACAUGGACCUAACAGUUGAUAAACUGGAACAAAUGUUCCAGAAUGCAGAGGUGGGUCUGGAGGUGGUGUUUCGCCGCAUGAAAUGGGAGAUGCAGCAGGACAACAACACUUACUCGGUGGAUCCCCUAUUGGUCCUCCAGGAGCUGGAUCACGUUAGGGGUCGCGUGUGUCAGCUGAGCUCUGAGCUGCAGUCCAUCCGAGAGGAGAAGAGGAGGCUGGAAGAGGAUGUCAGCAGCAAAAUGCAGCGCAUCACACACAUACACACAGCAGAAAAUAACAGACACAACACUGCUGUUGUACAACCCACACAACAACAGCCACAGCAACAAGAAGCCCCUGAUGUCCCUGAAGCCCCUGCUGCCCAGAAUCGGCGUGACAAGAACGGCCAGCCGACACACAAGGGAGGAGCCAAGACAACCAAUCAAAACAGCAGAGGAGGUGGCAAGAAAACCAACACAGGAGCUCUGAGGAAGCACAAGAACCUCUGAAGGACCCCCCUGACCAACACACACACACACACACACACCUAUGAAGAUCCUCAGCACUGCUUCAUCCUCCAUCCCUCUUCUCUCCACCUGUCACCAUGGAGAAUGUGUUAUUGUGCGGUCAUUGGCCAGAGUAGCUCCAUCCUCCAGUCUGUUUACCCAUGCUCGAUGGCUGGCUGGCAGUGCUGCCCUCUGGAGGAUGGGAGUGGGGCCUCAGCUGCUACUCAACUGACUACCCGCCUCUUACUGGACAUCCACAACGGGGCUUGUUAACUAUUUGCUAGUGGUUUUCCUGAGUCACCAGCCAUUGAGCUUUUCUACUAGCUCGAGUUUUGUUGUAAAGU